GGGGAAAAAAGCAAAAUAAAGUGUAAAUGACCAAUGAUGUUAACUACAGAUAGAGCAGACGAGGGUUAAUUUUAAGAAAGCCGAUGUAAUUAGUAUUCCGUCUAAUCUUACUGGGCGCUCCAAAGUCUUUUGAACGAAGCUUUUUAUACUAUAUCUUAAAUAACUAUUUACCAGUAAAUUACAGUUCAGUGCAAACUAAUGUCUAUUUUAUUACUAGAACCAUUUUUACGGACCAUGCUUUGCCGCUAAAGAUGGUUAGCAAUAGAUCUUGUUCUCUUUAAAGACUGCGUUUUGAUCUAGACGGGAAACACAAGAAAUAGCGAACGCUUAAAUUCUAAAAUCAAAGGCAGAAAAAUACCUAUAACGCUAGAACUAAGUUCGAGAAAAGAACUUUUUCAACCAGUUUCUUGCACGCUGUUAGAAUGGUUGCAACGAUGCCUAAACGACAAAUGUAUCUCACGAAAGUAAGCAACUUUAUAGAACAUUAUUAAUCAGGUUCUGUAAAUCGGAUAACUUCAAAGGUAACACAUUUUUUUCAUUUUUAAUGCAACAGAACAUUGUUUCCUAUUCGGAAAACAGCGACACUUGUGGUGAGCAGAUAUCAGACAGAAAUGGAAAUUAGUACUAACUCUUGGUAAACGCAUGAAUAUUUGAGAUAUUUAAUUGCCAUUACUUAAACUCUUCGCACAGAAGCCGAGAAAGGAUAAAACCAAACGUGUUAAUAAAAGCAAGAUUACGACGGGAUUUUGGAAAACACCGCUUUCGCAGUAGCCUUAUAGAAACAACCUUUAAAGGGGCUUUGACAUGGCACUUAGCGGUUCCAAAUCCCAUCACGUUUUCUAUUUAGAGUUUGUUGUGUCUUCUCUACUGAACAUUUUCCAUUCAGGAUCUUGAGUUAAGUGCGUCAUAAAUUCUGCCCAAUCUGUGUAUUGCAGAUUAAAAUUACUGAUUACUUAAUUAUAUUUUGAAACUGAGAAAAAUGAUGGCAAUGUAAAUUAAGUUGGUGAAAUUGUGAUCCGGUGAUUAACGCAUUACUCCAUGCAAAUCAAGGAGAAAAGUGACACUAAAUAUUGACCAGUGCCUGUUCAAAACAAUUAAAUCCAUCUAAAUGGCAAAUUGCAAAACGUUACGAGGCCUUGACAAGUCAGAAUCGAGCAAAUAUGAAUCACACUGCAUUCAACAGCACAGUCUCUAGUUGCGGUAAUUCCCUUUAUUCUAUAAAUCUCGCAAACAUUUCCCCUGAUGUUCGCGCUGUAUCAAUCGUCAGAAUCGUCGGGAACACUCUCACCUGUCCUCUUACCACUGUACUCAACAUCCUGGUGAUGGUUGCAGUUAAAACAAAACGACAGCUUCGCACUAAAUCUAACACAGCACUCACCUGCUUGUCCACAACUGAUCUUAUAGUUGGACUAUUUCUUCAACCAAUACACAUUUUCAGCGCAAGUUCCCUUCUCAGAGGUGACAUCAUGUUCUGUACCAUAACCGAUAUAUCAGCAAUUACCACAUCUAUAUGCUCUCUGGCUUCACUGCAUCACAUAGUCUUAAUGAGCGCCGAGCGUUAUGUUGCAAUAAAACACCCCUUCACACACGAGACCCAGGUCACUGAAGUUCGCAUCAUCAUGGCGUCUGCUUUGGCGUGGGCUGCAGCCAUCAUCCUUUACAUCAUAGGCCAUCCGUACACAGUGAUUGUAAUAGUUUGUGAAACGCUACUUAUCAUUCUCCCCGUUUACUUCAAUGUCUCUGUAUACAAAGAAGUCCUUCGCAACCAAAAACAAAUUGCAGCUAACCAAGUUUCCUUAGAAGCCAAGGAAAGAUUACUCAAGAAAAGAAAAGCUUUUUACACAACAACUAUCGUGCUGCUAGUUAUUUUGCUGUGUUAUGUUCCAUCAAGUAUCUGUUCUGCUAUUAUGGUCUCUUUCAAGGAAAAGAUCCCUUCCAAUGUAAUGGUUACUACUUUGUUUACCUCUACUUUAUUUCCAAUUCUGAAUUCGUUGUUUAAUCCGUUGAUUUACGCUUUUAGAAUUAGAUAUUUCCGCGUAGCUUUUAUUCAGUUGUUGGCAAGAAAAAAAAACUAUUUCACAAGCUGAGGAAGUGGAAAAGAAAAUCUUUGGACUAAGACAGAUUGGAGUCAAUGGUAAUGUUGAUGCAGGACAAGGAAAUCAGACAUUGAAAGAUGAACACGAAUCGACAAGGCAAGCAGAGCUACAUGGUUGAUGAGAAGAAACACUUCUGUAAUAAAAAGUCACCAAAAAUUGUAGAAGACAAAGACGGACACCCAAGCAGUAGUUAAAAGGGAAUGGAAGCGUAGUGUUGUCCGUACGCGUUCUUCCUUUAAAAGUGUCUGACGUUUUAAAAAAUCAAAACUUUCUAUUGUUGGAUAGAAGAAAGGUAAAGCUCUUAAGCUAAGUUUAUCCCGCGCUCUAAUAUUGUCAUUUUUUUUUUUCAGUGCAAUUACCGAGAUAUUUCUCAUUUUUUUCCCGAUAUUUUUGCGUAUUUAAUGAGGCAGAAAGUUGUAUUUCCGUUUCUUGGUGAAUUUCUCAGAGACUUAAAUUCUCCGCAGAAAAUCGGGAUGAUAUUUUCGAAAGUGAUUCCCUAAAAGUGUUCUUUAGGCAAAGUUACAGGGCUUGAGUUUAUUCGAGCCUGGCCAGCGAUUAGUGAUUCUCAAUAUACAUCAAAAACAGUUGCAGGUCCCAAUCAAGUGGGACCUAACGUAGUUAAAAAAAUAAAAAUAACGAAACAGUUGCUUUCAGGCCGUUUGGAUGGCUAAACCGGAAACGACAAACAUGUAUUGCGAAAGUAGGCAACAUUAUUGGCCAUAGACUAAACAACUUCAGUAUAUCCAAUAACCGGGAAAAUAGCACAGCAAUUUAUUUUUUAAGGUACAUAUUAAGAGCGUGUCCAUGUAAAAAGCGACCACUCAAAUUUUUGUGGCUAAUGAAUUGCCUUAAUUUUUGCCACACAAGUCAAGCCAGACAUGUAAUGAACGAAAAUGGCCUUUAUUUUGACAGACCCGCUUUCUUAAUUUUUUGAAGAGUUUUUUUUUUUUUUUUUGUAAGCGCACCUCAAAAACCACACAAGACCGGAAAUUCAAACUCCAAAAUUUGCACAAUUCUUUCCUCAAUUUCCUUAUCCUCUAGGAAACGUAUUUGCCAUUUUGGCUGACAUAGCCAAAUGUAUUUUUUUCAAAAGCGGGAACUCUCCAUAAAUUAUGACUUUUAUCAGCUCAAUGUACUAGGUUUAGCCUACAAAUAUCUGUAUUAAAAAAAUAUGAUCACUCAUAAUUUUGAAGCGGAAAAAUUCGAGAAAGUACCUAAAAAUACAACAUUUUGGGUAGAAACCGACGAAUCUCGUCCUUUAGUUGUAAUGCGGUUUUAAUUUUCUCAGCCAAUUGCCUACUAUUACCUGGUUAGAUUUGUUGCACUUUAACAUCAGGAGAACUUGGUCCACAUUUUUGCAAUACAGACCGAAAACAUCACCCACUGACGAAAUAAUUUUGAUGAUUGCUUUGUCAAACAUAAAUAAAUGCUUACUUUUCACGCGCGCGUUUACCGAUAUUGAAUCGUGACAACGCAUCAAUUUAUCAGCAGAUUAGAAAGAGCCAUUAUAAUGAAUACCUAACUUGAUCCCAGAGUUCUUUGCGCAGACACGUGUAUCCGAUUACUGGCAACUCCUUUAUUCUUUUCUCUAUAUGGACCACAACAAAUUCAUUUUUCGGCACAAAAUCAAUUAUUUCAAAAUUGAGGGGAAUCGGCGGGAACGGCGAGGGGAAAAUUAGCGAAAAAAAUAAAUUAAAAGAAAAUGAUUUGUUUCCUUCUCCUUAACAGCUGAUACGCAUUACCUUACAGCUGUUUGACCAAAAAUAACAGGGAUGAAAAAAACGGUCAUUAUAUUUUAUUUGAGUUAAUUCCAUCCUUAUUUAAUUUUAUUUAUGAUGAGGUCUCCAUAUAACGCGCGCUCUUAUUGGCUUAAACAGCGUGCUCUAUCAGAAAAAAAAAAAUGCGCGGUAAGUUAAAUUUUGAAUUUUUGCUUCGGAGAUUUGACAAAUCUGACCCAAAGUAAACGCUCCUGGCAAUCUUGCUGCAAGCCGUAGAUACCUUUAACUCCUUUCAAAUACAGCUCAGAAUUUUGCAUUUUCAUCCGCAAGCUUUGAGCUCUUUGUUUCGUCAGUUCCAUUGGAAAAGUCCAGUUUUUGAUUGAGAGCUGUUGUCUUGUUAGCCAAUUAUUUGAAUAUUCCUAACAAGGAUUCUGAUUUGCUUAUUUUAGCGUGCUUUCUCAGAGAACAGAUACACGUUG